UCCUGAUUACUGAAGGCGAUUGGUGCGUAGAUUUGCCGUUGUGUUUCACACAAACAGACUUAAACAAUGGAAGCAACUUUCAACCAAACCAGGUCGUUAGUUUUUAACGACACAUUGGUUGAAGAGACAAGAAACACUUCAAAAAAGCUUCCAGUAACUUCUUUGGAUCUCCUCAAGGAUGAAUUGCAGAGUCGUCACAAGCCGAUUGUCUUGGUUUGUGCGACACACGCUGCAAACCGUAUUGCGAAGCAAGUUCUGCAGAGCUGCAAUAUCUCUGGUUGGAAUUGUGCCGCGCUUUUGUCACAACUUGCAAAAGUUCAGUGCACUCCAGUUAGUAUUUCACACUUCAAGAAGCAAACCGAAAUAUCUUUUGAAGACUUUAAGGUACGGUUUGUCUCCAUAGAGGAACUUGGUGUACAGGAAGGGGUUGAAUUUGAUGGUGCGUUGAUUAACGCGUUAGAAGAAGAAAGACUUGACCACAGAGAUCUUCAAGAGGAGAGUUACAGAAAGACAUACGAAUACUACAAGCGAAACGGUGGAUCUUUCUGCUGUAAAGAACCUUUUUGGUAUACUUUGUAUAGGGACUACUUGGAAUCACUUCUUGUCACUUCAGAAUACCAUUCUUUUGGGCAACCUGUGGCUGUAGUUGUUGUAUGUUGGGUUGGAGAAGGUGAUGAGCUGGCAACAAAUAUCGAGGAAGUAUUGCCGAAGGCGUCUUCUAUAUCUUCUGUGUAUGAAAAGGAGAUAUUGGAGUUGGACGCUCCUCAGUGUUUUCUGUUGCUCGAACGUGGUUCAGUCGACUCUGCAGCUACAGGGAAAGCUUUAACACAGCUUCGAAAGAUAUAUGGUCCAAGUGUUGGUAAGGUGUUGUCAAUUCCAGACUGGGAUAUCCAACAGCAAUCAAAAGAUAACGAUCAAGAAAAUGACUGGCAGUCGCAGAAGUCAAUUUUGCAUGAUGCCGAUAGCAGUUACAGUACUACAAGAAUAGAAAGUUAUAAGACCGAGAAAUUUUGUAGUAUUACAACACUGGGCUUAGAUCCCCACAUUUCCACAAUGAUAGGAGACUUAAUACGAAGCUUCGUUGGAGCUUCUAUUGAGCAGCGACUCCUGACUCUGUAUCGUCUAGUCGAACGCCUUCGUCGGGGUGUACGCAAUCAAAUAAAAGCUUUGUUUCGUACUGAUCGUGGACCAAGGGAAGGAGUCGUUGGUGGUGGCCUUCAUUCUUCUCUUACUUAUCUGGCCUUUUCAGCUGAAAGCAGAGUUCGACAGUUGGCAGAUAUACUAUUCAUGUUGGGAGAAUAUGCGGAAGCCAUUGAAUACUAUCGUUUAGCAUCACAUGAUUUUAGAGCGGACCAGUCUUUUCCUUACUUUGCAAAGUCAGAGGAAAUGAUAGCUCUGUGUCUUGUAAUGUUAAAUGGUUCACCAAAGGAGAUUAUGCGACAUUUUAACACUGCUAUCGAAAACUUUUUGCUCGCAAAGGUUCCAAAUGAAGCAACGAGAACAUGUCUGUAUGCUUCAGAUUAUUUCCUGGCAGUGGAACUGAAGGAAGACCUGGGCACAUUGUUGCUAAAGACUUGUACCAUGAUAUGUCUACCCUCACAAUAUAAGAGCACCCAUGUGCGUGCUGCAGUGUUGUACGAGAGAGCUGCUUUGUGUUAUUUGGUUUGCGACAGAUGGCGACGUCAUGCCUUUCAACUAGUUCGAGCAGGUUUCCGUUUCCGACAGGCAAACAUGUAUCGACAUGCAUUGCGAGUUUAUUUGGAUGCCUACUAUAAUUAUCAAGCACUUGGCUGGACGAGGAUAGAAAGCCAUCUAUGCACAUUAAUUGGGCAUAUCUAUUUUCAACUUGGUCAGUUAAUGGAAGCUGCCAAUUACCUUUCACAGUUGCAACUUUUUGUAAAGGAAAGGUUUGAUAAACAGGUCUCGCAUUUAGUAGACCUAUUUAAUAUUUCGCGUCAGUGGCAACAUGAAGAAACAACAAACGAGGAGAAACUUGUGAUAGAUUUUCCGAUAACACUUGAUAAGAGAACAUACAUUGAGACUUUUGAUUAUCCUUCAUAUGCAUCAGACGAAGAAUGCUCCAAAUGGAGUAGUCUCGAAUGUUCUCUAGUGGAAUUGGCAGAGCGAUGGGAUAAGUCAAGUAGAGACUCAAACAAAGCAAGUAAUCUGCCAUCAUCGCCCAGAAGAAUAAGACAAAAAGUAAAACGAUUGACUAUGACACCUUUGCCCUACAAAGAAUCUUGGAGACAACCAGUGCCUUGCAUCGCAGGAGAAACAUUCUACCUCAUUAUAGAAGUCCACAACCCUCUCCAAAUUCCAUUGUUGUUAUUUGACUUGGAUGUUAUUUUUCAGUUUACUAAGAAAGGUGACAGUAUGGUGCAACUUCAUACAAGAGAUCAAGACUCUGAGUAUCGCUUUCUCGAACUCUCUGACUCGGCUCUUGAAAUUUUGCCGGACUCAGUUCAACAAAUAAGAUUGGAACUGAAACCUCUCUGUGAAGGUUUUUUGAGUGUUCAAGGUGUCUGUUGGAGUUUUCGAAUAUUAUACGAUGCUAUUGUGGAAAAUGCUCUUAACAGUAUGCCAUCUUCUGAAGCAAAUUCAGCGUUAGACUCGCAAGCAUUUUGUAGAUCUAGACAUAUGUUUCACUUGAGAGGUCCAAGAAUGAAUGAAACGAAAGAGCAAAGAAUCUCCAAAACGCCAAUAUAUGAAAGAAACCAUGCUUUGGAGUUGAUUGUGUUUCCAACAUCACCGAGUCUGACUUGCAGGUUUGUUGACGUUCCAAUUUCUUUAUAUCAUGGUCAGACUGUCGAGGGGGAAAUUGAAUUGGUUAAUUGUGGGCGAAAGCCUUUAGAAAAUAUAUUUUAUGAAGCAGAGUCGUUUAGCUGGUUCUUUCUCGAUUUUGACUCCACAAACAGGGAAAGAAUCACUUCAGUCAAUGCCGGGCACUUGCCGAUUCAUUUAAAUUGUGGACAAAGUACAAGGAUUAAAUGCUAUUUGAGAGCAGCUGAAUUGGCGAC